AACAGAACAUUGUAUGUACAAAAAUAAAUUGCCAUAUACACUGUAAAAUAAACUAACCCCUUCUUCUAUGACUUUAGAAACUGAAGCCGGGAUAAACGUCGGCUCCGGCUCUUCCAUAAAAACAUCCGCGUCGUCAUUUUUCUCGAGAUCGGCAAGAAGUUCGUCAGCCAAAGACAUUUUUCCUCAUCGAAUAACGAACUUGAAGAGAGGGAGCAGUUUAAAUAACUUUCUUCAUUACUGUUUGUCGAAUAACGAACUUGAAGAGAGGGAGUAGGAUUACAUUGACAAGUUGACUCCAGACUACCGACAAUGUCCUCUUCCAUUUUCUUCUCGAUUUAGAGAAGAGGAAUUUAAUUACUACGGACCCUUCGUCUUCAUAACGUUUCUCCUCAAGUCCCCGCCUUGGGUAUUUGCUCUAGGAUCCACAGAAAAUCCACGACGGUCGACGGAUUAAAAACUAUGGUAAUUUUUUUUAGUCAAAAUCUUUCUGAUAUAUUUAAACUUCCUCCUCCUCUAUAGAGAUUGCGUAAUGGAUAUACUUCUUACACUUCCUAGAAAGAACUUAUUCGCUAAAAAUUUAUUGACAAAGGUAACUAUUUUAUUUACCUGAUAAAAAUUUAAAAAUAAAACAAUCUUAUUGGGAGCAUAACUUCGAUUUUUUUAUUUUUUUUUGUAGAAGAAUAGUGCGAGCAAAAGAAGCUAAUUUACUUGGAAACCUAUUUUUCAUUGUAGGAGGCUGGUUUACAAUCCCGCUUCCCUCAAUUUCAGGAUUCCACAGACAAUUCUCUAAUUUAUCCCUUGGCUGUUUUAAAUUGUUCUCUUUUAAAACUGUUCGAGUGUUCUCCUUUUAAGACAGCGCUAUUGGUUUGACCUUGAAGAUCAGAUUUUAAUUCCUUUAGAUUUUCAGUCGAAUUUCUGAUUAACAAAGACGUAACGGAGAUUGAAGAAACUUUCUCCAUCAGGCCCAAAUGCUCGGUGAAAGUGUUUCUUUUACGCGUCUGCAACGUGCAACACCGAAUGUCCACUUCUCUAUUGGAAUCAGUCUUUGAACGGAAUGCAAAUCCGAGGAAUGAAUCUGUACAAGCGGAACAAAGAUAUUAUGUUACAGUAUUUUACAAAGGCGGAAGUAAAACCUGUCGGGCGGGGCGGUGAGAAAGUUACGUCGCCCAACCGAUGUAUGAAAUUUUAAUCAGGACGUAACGGUUGAACGAAGAAAAAUAAAAUGUCCUCGGUGCGAUUCUAGGAUUAAUAAGAAGAUUUUACACUUACAGAACACGAUGUUUCAAUCAAUAGGAAAAAAUGCCAAGAUAUUGAUACCUUUUAAGAUUAUGGGAAAUUAAAGGUGCAUCCUGCAGAAGGAGCGCGAUGAUGCAGACGUGAGGAGUCUCCCACUACCUUGAAGAGGACCGAAUCCACUUCAUCUGGUGGAGGCAACUUUCAGCGGAAUACGCUAUAUAAGAGAGUGACAUGCCGGCUGGCCGAGAUAAAGCACGCGUGUGUUGUUGAUCUCUCGCAGUAUUUGCCCGUCUUAUCGACCUGUCCUAGUAUUUUCGUCAGUGACAGGAUGUAUUGGGUGCUUCUAGGAUUGCUCAGUUCCGCCAUCGCGGCGCAGAAUUCUUACGAUUUAGAAACCAGAGCUGUUUCGUUUCCCGGCAAGCCAAGUAGCUUAGGACCACUUUACUCGCCCGGCUUAAGUGCGGCCCAAGGAUUCCGUGAUAACAGUUACGAGGAUAACGCGGUGACGCCCACGCCGUCGCCGACGCCAAUCUACAGGAACGCCAAUCAACAACCGUUAUAUCGCAAGCCAACGGCAGCGCCGAUAGACCGUGAUUACACUCAAGCCAUCCGCGUUGGUUCUUCAUCGCGCUCUUCCGGUCGGGGCGGGCCGUCUCAGUUUGGUCCCAAUGGACCCACUCAGGAGGAACUCGAGGAGGAGAAGGAAGAGCCCGAUCGUCUCAGCCUUCUUCUACCCCAAAGCAGAUUCGAUUGCGUUAACAAGCAGACCGGCUACUAUGCUGACGAGGACCUCAACUGCGAGGUCUUCCACUAUUGUCAAGACAACGCCAAGCACUCGUGGAUCUGUCCCGAGGGCUUCACUUUCCACCAGGUACAUUUAAUCUGCAUGCCACCCAGCGGCGACAUCAGCUGCCAGAAGAGCUCGCAGUACCAUUUCGUCAAUGAGUACUUGUAUAAGCCCUUGAAUCUUCAAGAAGCCGAGACCAAGCCUAAUGUUACUAUAAGAUACAGCGAGAGGUAUUACCCCUCUGACAUUUACACGGACGAAAGGGAGGUCGGCGAUUAUCAGAUCACCCCUACGCCUGCCCCGGUGCGUCGUCCUUCUCCGCAGCCAAGUUUGAACAGCAUUCCCACGUCGGCCCGUCCACAGCCUACAGGACUUCCGCAGUUUCGUUUCCCGGUGAAUCAGGUAUUCCGCAGCCCCGAAGAAGUCAACAUUCCUCUUCAGCACAGACGGCCGCAGCAGCAGCAGCAGCAGCACCACCAAGUUCUCAGACGGUUUCCUCAAGUCCAAGUCAGACCCGAAGAAGAGGACUACGAAUAGAUCCUUAGAUCCACGAAUUCUUCAGUUUACUCAAAUUAUUCCGUCCCUCUAACUUUAUUUAAAUUUCCUAAAUCAACGAUUUUGUAAAAUAGACAUUUAUGUCUUUAAUAUUUGUUUUACAAAACCAAAAACGCGGUAUUCGACACCCUCGAAUUUUCAUUGGAUCAUUAGUAACUUUUUGUACUGUUAUAUUUUUAUAUAUAAGGACUUAAAUAAAUAAAAAAAAGUAACGAAGAAAACUGCAAUUGCAAAAGGGACGAGUUUAUAGCGUAUACAUUUAAAGGUAUUAUUAAUAUUCAUUUGCGUAUAUAGUUACAAAUUUAUCUUCGUCAAAAGUUUUUUUAUCUUGCAAAUUCUCAUUCUAUAAAAUCUUCCCAUCAACGUUCGAUAUCAAUAAGAAUUAGUGCUAAGAGACAAGAAUAAAUCUUGUUAAAUUAACGAUGCGCGCCAAUAAUUAGCAUGUUCUUUUUUUCUAAUUAAUUAAAUAUAAGGCUGAGAGAUGCAGAGAUAAUUUAAUUCA